AUGGGAAUUGAAGCGAUAGAUCCUUUUGAACUUCCUUUAAUUAACACAGUUCUUUUAUUAGCUUCAGGAUUUACUGUAACAUAUGCACAUCAUUUUUUAAUUAACGGAAAAAGAGGUAAAGCUUUAUAUGGUUUAUUAUAUACUAUUAUAUUAGCAACAAUAUUUACAGCACUACAAGGUGUUGAAUAUUCAGUUUCAUCGUUCACUAUUUCAGACGGAGCUUUUGGAUCAUGUUUUUACUUUGGAACAGGGAUUUUGUGA